GGCAAGCGACACAUGAGCAUCGUGUGUGUCUGUCCAGAGUCAUCAUCACUUGGUGCCUGGAAGCCAUUUCUAACGCACGUCUAUGAAACUUCUUCUUCGAGAUAUUCGCAUCUUCAACUUUAGUCUUCAGCACGGCACCCUCGUGGUUGCCUCUCCUCUUCAUCGAACUAGGAACUAUCUUGUGUGAAUCGACUUUAAUAAACGAUAUGUGACGCUGACGAAAGUGAAGAUAUGGAUUGAUUGGUGUCACAAAAUCGAGAGACCGAGUGAUUUUAAGAGUGUAAGACAGUGAAGCCGAGUGGCUGAAAUUCGGUGUUAUACGCUCGAACUACGAUUAACGAAGGAAUAAGUGAUAAGUGCGAAAACCCGACUUGGGUUCGUUCAACCAUCAUGCUGAAGAUACUGGUUGCUGUGCUGGGACUCAUGUCCACAGUUCUGGCUGACCAUCCAUCCCCAUCUUACGGACCUCCUCCUUCAACCUACGGUCCUCCACCUCCCACUUAUGGUCCUCCACCUAAAGCGACGUAUGGUCCUCCACCCAAAGCGACCUAUGGCCCUCCACCCAAAGCGACCUAUGGCCCUCCACCUCCUUCUUAUGGACCUCCACCAAAGGCUACUUAUGGUCCACCUCCACCAACUUAUGGCCCGCCACCGACUUCUUACGCUCCUCCACCGAUUCCACAUGGGGCAGAAAUUCUUCUACUCCAACUUGAUGAAGGUGGCGGCGGUAAGGGUAAAGGUGGUGGCGGAGGAGGAAAAGGGAAAGGAGGAGGUUUAUUCGGCGGAGGAUUAUUCGGAGGAGGAAAAGGCAAAGGUGGUGGAGGUGGUGGCUAUGAAGAAUACGAUGAAGGCUACGGUGGAGGAUAUGAAAGCUACGAUCACAAUGAAGGAGGUGGUAAAGGCAAAGGCAAGGGAUUCUGGGACUUCGACCUGAUGAAAGGAAUCAAGGGCAUGUUUAGCAAAGGAAAAGGAGGCGAUGACUAUGACUACGAAUACGAGCUCGAACCUAUCUUAACAUACGGUCCACCUCCAAAAUCUUACGGACCACCUGUUUCUUACGGGCCACCCCCAACGUCGUACGGACCUCCACCACCAACAUAUGGACCACCACCUCCGACUUAUGGACCUCCGCCCAAAUCUUACGGGCCUCCCCCAGCGACAUAUGGACCUCCUCCUAAAGCUCAUCCUCCUCCACCGCCGGUCUUACUUAUCCCAGUUGGUGGUGGCGGAGGAAAGGGUAAAGGCGGUGGUGGCGGUGGGAAGGGCAAAGGCGGUGGAGGUGGCGGCAAAGGAAAGGGUGGAGGAUACUUGGAUUCAAUGAUGGACACAAUAAAGAAAGCAGGAUCGGCUUAUGAUAAAGCCUUCAAGAACAUCAUGAGCUUCGGUAAGGGAAAAGGAGGCGGCGGAAAGGGAGGAGGUAAAGGUUCUGGGGGUAAAAAAGGAGGAACGGAAGAAAUCAUCCCAAUCAUCAUCUACGGACCACCCCCUCCUCCUCCUCCUGUUUACAAACAACCAUUGCCAUCAUACGGGCCUCCAGUGUCAACCUACGGCCCUCCUCCAUCUCUGUACGGACCAGCAGCACCGUCUUCUUCAUACGGAGUCCCUCAUGGACAUGGUGGUGGCGGAUUUGGUGGUGGUCACAGUGGGCAUGGACCGCCAAAACCUUCGGAUAUUAUCAGUAUAAAUGGAGGAGGAGGCUAUGGAUCCGGUGGUCACGGUGGUGACUUUGGAGGUGGACAUGGUCAUGGAUUUGGUGGCGGACAUGGCCACGAUUUCGGUGGAGGCUUCGAUGGUGGUCAUGGCAAAGGUAUCGGUGGUGGUCAUGGAGGAGGUGGAGGCUCCCAUGGAGGCCAUGGUAAAGGUUUUGGAGGUGGUCAUGGUGGUGGAGGAGGUUUUGGUGACAUUCACAGCUCUGUUUCAGAACUUUCUUCGGGAUAUGCGCCUCCUCCAACAGAAGUGUACACUCCUCCUAGUGAGAGCUACUCUGCACCGGCUGAAAUUAAGGGAUCACAUGCAGGUGGAAGUUUCAUUUCAUCUUCACAAGCCACAGGUUCCCUUCAUUCGUCAGCUGGAUCAUUGUCUUCUCAAUAUGGUGCUCCUCCACAAAGUAAAACCGUCACGACCCAUGCAUCUUCUGGUGGACAGAAUAGCAUAAUUGUGGAUUUCAACAGAGGGACUGCAAUAACUACCGGAUAUGCACCUCCUCCACCUUCGAAUGAGGUUUACACACCACCACAACAAAGCUCACAUGGAUUAUCGUUGCAAGAUUCAUACACUCCUCCCGCAGAAAGUUACAGUGCCCCAUCUUCUGGCUCAGGAAACUUCCGCUUUCCGGGUUCAGCUGAAUCUGAUAAUUACGUUGCUCCAUCGAGUCAACAUUCUGGUUCAGGCUCAUUUGGAAGUUCAGCUUCUCUGGCAGCAGGACAAAAUUUCAAAGUGUCAGCGGAAAGUUGCGAGAACUGUGACGUUAAUCCAUGGGUGCCAAUGCCUCCAGUGGGAGCUGCACCUGCCUUAUCAAUUCCAUCCAGACCUUUAGGGCCUUCUGGUACUUACAGAGAACAUAUCCCUCCCACCGCUGAACCUCAACAGACGUACAUUGCACCCACUACUGGACAGUCGAUUAUUUCGGUUGAUACCCCGUCUUCUGUGUACGAGGGUCCUGACUCCAACAGCCUUAAUCCAGUCCGGCUACAACCAACCUUCACUCAGAGUUUCCGACAACACAGUUCCGAUGAAGUGCUCUUCCCAGCAGGACCUGCUCCUGUUUCCGUGCAGUCGGGAGUGUCAGGAGAAGUGCAUGCUCCUGCACCAAUCGACGUUCUACCUCCGUCAGUGCUUCACGGUUCAGCUGCCAAUAGCAUCGUCUCCCAAGGAGGCAUCAGCGACAACGACUUCCAAGGUGUGCUUUCUAAUUUGCCCCAACUUCCACUGGAGACAGAGAGUCCAGUAACUAAGAGAGGUCGGGAAUCCAAAUCUGAUGAUUUGGGAAUCCAAAAAUUGAUUGGUACAGAACUCUCUAAGCAAGACCAACCGAUUUCACAGACACCGGAACCCAGAAAAAUAUCACAGAGCGAGAGAACACUAUUGCAACAAUAUCCGGCUGAAGGUUCCCUAUCAAACGUCCUGUCCGGAGGAUUUGGAGAUAUCAAGCCUGUGGUCAUUUCUGCCGACGAGUUUGCAGCCAUCACAGGAGGCCUCACAGACGGUGUCAGCAUCAGGCUACUCGGCGAAGCACCGAAAAAUUUCGACGUGCAGCAACUGCAAAACCUAAUCUCGGAUUCCAACGCUGGAGUUGAGAUUACAAGUCCCCAGCAGCUCAUCCACUCAACGAGGAGUUCCGUGUCGGCUGCGCCUGUUGUUGCGGCUUCUCCUUCACCAGCUCCAUCCCCGGACUCUUUCGUAGAGUUGCCUAAUGUUCACAAGCUGGAGCCUUCAUUCGUUAACAAAAAUGUUCAGCUAUCUCAACCACAACUCAUCCACUCCAGUCAAGGGACACCGAAUCCUCCCCAAGUGGUGUCUCUUUCUCAGCCUCAAGUGUUGAGUGUUGGGCAACCUCAGUUCCUUGGCGCCUCACAACCUCAAAUUGUCGGGUUCUCUGGAGGCGAUUCUCAAGGAUUUUUCUCCGGCGAGAACAACGGACUGUCAAACUUGCCUGAAAUUCAACAGCUGCAAAACUUCGGAUCAGGCUUGAGCCAGCACACGUUUCAGGAACAGUCGUCCGGUCAUCUCCAAUCUCAAGGCCAAUUGCAACCUGACCUCGUGAGCAACGAGCAAAUUGGACAUCAGCAGCAACUCCAGUCCCUAGACAACCACAAUCCUUCUUUCCAAUCCAUUCUGGAAUCUGUCGAUGUGAGAAGUGCAUUGAAAUCAUCGAAGGACUCGACUUUAAGUCAACCACUUCCAGUUUUCACGAAUUCUCACACAAAUGAUCAGCUUCUGUCUGGUUCUGACAACAUUCCCCAAUCACAAGUUCAAGUGAGCCUUCCUCCUCCGCAAUCCUCAAUAUCGUCUAGCAUCGUGAAUGCUGGAGGAGAAGUCGGUCAGCGAGGCAGCGCAACGGUCCAACGGGGAACCCUUUUGGGAAGUACCAUCGGAGAAGUGAUCAAUCCUGAGAGCUUAUUUAGAAUCAAGGAGAGCAACGACGACGAUUCCACAGAACUUCCGAGUAGCCAAGUAUUUCGAUUCAACUCUCAACAGUUCCAAAAUGUAAACACUCAGCAAUUUCAAUCAGUGAAUUCGGAUCAGCUCCAGAAUACGCUUCGUUUGAACAAUUUGGGGCAGUCGUCGUUCGUGGGUGCAAGUCAAGGCAACCCAAGUCAGCCUCAAACGCUAUUCGUGUCUGAUCCUCAAGUCGUCGGAGUCAGCCUACCUCAACCAGUAUCUGUAUCGCAGCCACGCUUAGUUGAACCGAACAACCAAUUCACUGUUUUGCCACAUGGUGAUAUUAGCGACGAAGAUAUCGAACCUGCACAGCUUUUGCGAUUGAGUCGAUCUCAAGGUUCUUCUAGUUCGAAUAAAAAUGUCAAUUCUUUGAGGUCCAACAACCGUGGAGAAUCCAAAGACUUCUUAACCUUCGAGAAGAUGCUGGAGCACUCGUUUGGGCCAGAUACCGAGCAAGAUUUGAAAUUGAAAGAACCCGCGAAACUUCUAAAAACACCUGACAUGAGUUCUCUCCCAUUAGAAAAACCAACUGACUCUUCUCCCCCUGUCUUUCCUCCCUUUACUGGAAGUAGCAACAAACAACAGUCAACGUCUAUACAGAAAGCAGUUCUCAAUUACAGCUCGACUGAUUCUGACGUGCCAUUCAAGGGCUCCUUGAUUGAGGGAUCAAGUUUCCUGGGCACUGUGACUCUUCCUGCAAGAACAUCCCAGCGACAUCGGAGCAGAGCCAUUGCAGAAAGCUCCCGACUUCCUGACGAUUUGAGCACCUCUUCCAGUAUCAACACUGAAAGUUUGCAAAGUCCGAACAAAUUGAGCGUCAUCCAACCUGAUUCUGUUGCUAAAGCAUCGGGGAAAAGAAUAAAAUCGGUGAGAGUUACUUCCUCGGCUCGAGUGGAAGGACCUUCCCGUACCGCAGCGUCUGCGGGUUCUCAAGAACCGAGCGUUCAAUAUACCGCACCUGGUCAACAAGUUUUCUUUAACUUCGGCUCUCAAGGAAGUGAUCCACAACGAUCAACCAGAACCGUCACACAAAACAAAGGAUCAGGUAAUAAUCUAGAAUCUCAGAACGAGAAAAGUAAAAGUGACGCAAAUGAAAAUAUCAUCACUCGACUGACCACUCAAGUAACCACGGCUACUGACGAUCCUACCAAAUUACCCACGACGGUCCAGCAGUUACAGGCGUCAUUCUCGGUUGAAACAAUUCCAACUAAUAGUACCACAUUAAAGUCGACAACGCUUCCUAUUACCACUUCAAGGCCGGCAAUUAGGUUUGAUCCAAGUGAAAUUAAAUCUAAAAAUAAUUACGACGAUGCUGGCGAUGAAAAUUCGACUGAAGUUGUAACAACUACUCGACCAAUUCGACUUCGACCUGUUGUACGACGACCUGGAGUCCGUCGCAGACGAGUGAGGCCUGUGAAUAAGGCGUCUAACUUCAAUCCUAGGAGUCGGGGUGAGCAAAAAAACGUGAAAAAAGGAUUGCAAUUGGACUCAGCGGACCCGACUGCUUCUACUGAAAUUGCGACUCAGGCCUCCACAACUGUUUCCAUUUACGAACGCGCUAAACUUUUAAAUACGGAUGACAUUAUCGAGAACAGUACCAACGAACAAUCAACGUCUGGGUCGAAGAGACUGAUCGUGAAAGGAACUCGGGUAACAAGUUCCACGACUACAAUCAGUCCAGGUCAAAUCAAAGGGACUAACUAUGCAUCUGACACCGAUUCAGGAAUACCAUUCGGAGCUCGCUUAAACUCCAAGAAAGAUACCAUAGAGAAUACUAAUACCGGUAACUAACCAUAAAACUUUCCGAUCCUCUGCAUCCCUUAAAAUACCCCACCUGCCAUUCAUAAAUUUAUCAUACCAAUCCAUGAUAAUAAUCAUCAAUUUACCGAUGCUCACUCAUGAAAGUUUGAUCAGGCAACAUUCCCAUUGCCGCAUAACUUUACUGCUAUUACGGAAAAAAUACGGCACAGUAUGACUGCAUUUCAAACAAUCGCUCAUAUGAUUCUCACAUUAACAUGGCAGACAUUACUAACCUUCAAAUAAUGCUUAUUCACAGGCUCUGCGUCACUAACCCCGUUGGAAUCAACAACUAACCAACUUCGCAUCAAAUCAGAUAAUGAGAAAACCGAAGCGCAUGGACUUAAAACCUUUUCUAACCCUUCUUCACAAAUUUUACAGCGAUUAACACAACUUUUGCCUCCCCAAUCAGCUUCAGCUUUUCCUCAAAUAAGAAAUUCUCGGAUGGUCAAAUCUAACACCUAUAAUUUACAAAAUUAUACUGAUAAUAACCAAAACAUCCCACUGAACAGGCAAUUACACAAAACAAGUCGAGGCAAACUGAAAUUUUCAAGUGAGUCGGGAAAACGUUUUCGGCCAGUUCCAUCAGUGCAGUUCCUUCGCACCCUUCCUCCUACCACUACGGUUUUACCCUUACUAACUUCUUCCAUUUUAGAACAACAGCAGGAAGUGUUCACUGAAUCCCCAGAGUACUCCACUUCAACCUCAACAUCCACGUCUGUCUCAAUGUCCUAUACAUCAGUGAUGGAAAAGGCCAACGUGACGACGGUGCUCAACACUGAUCACUUUUUACUCAGCAAAAAUAAUAGUAGCAGUAAAAAGUUAGCUGAAGCUUUAAUUUUGAGCUUGCAACCGCCAAACCAUACAACCACGGUCAGUACAAGGACGAGCUUGCCUUUUGGACUCUUCAACAGGUCAAGUAGACGAAGAAAUCCACAGGAUAGUCAUCCCAAAAUAUGACUAGCGCAGCGCACACAGGUGUUGGUUUGAAUGUUUUUUUACCGAAUCAUUUAACAGAGUUGGAUACCAAUAGAACGGAAAUAUGAUUUGAACAAAUUCGAACAAAUAUAGAAUUACUGAUUUGAAAUCUUAAUAAUCUGGAAAAAGCACUGAUGCAUGAAGUGUGCUCCACCGCAAUUAGUUUUGUACAUAGUCUCUAGAGAAUAUUUAUCUUCCAAAGAGUGAUGAGUUCUUGAUUUUGGAAGUGUUGGUAAUUAUUUAGUUGUAAGUGUUCCGUUUCUCUACAGAGAACGAGACAAUAAUUGUUACUUUCUAAGAAUGUAUUCUCGCUCAAAUCGAGUAGAUUUUAAUAAUGUUGAUCCCAUGUAACCGUAUGAAAAGCGUGCUUCCAAGAUCGAGUCCAAUGAAUAAUAGACGAUUAUCAAACAGGUACGACGAAAUAAGAAAAAAAUACUCAUUUUAUUGACUUUGUUCGGAAUUUUCUGCAAACGAGAUUUUAUGAAGUAAAUUUUAUGAAUAAUUGGUCAUAAUUAAAAGUUUGUUAGAGGUAAAAAAUCAUUUCUGUUGUUACUCUUUUCGCAUCGAUUAAUUGUUUGUUGACCUUCUUGUUAUUCUUGCAACUUUCUACACUUGCGCUCGAAUUAUUGUUUGUUGAAGUUUUUACUGAUUGUUUGAAACUUGUUGCUGUUCGUCGUGCUAUGAUAAAGAAUUUUGUAAAUAAAGUACAAAUUCUGAA